CAAGUUUGUUUGCAAUCGCCACGCAACCUUUACACGCAACGCGCUAAGCAAAAUCAAAACAGAAUGUCGUCGGCUACCAGUGUGAGGGAUUUCUACGCCGGCAGAAACAUCCUAGUAACAGGCGGCACCGGCUUCAUGGGAAAAGUUCUUGUGGAAAAACUAUUGUAUUCUGUACCAGAAAUCGGUAAUGUGUAUAUUCUAAUGAGACCUAAGAAAGCGAAAACUGUAGCCCAACGACUCGAGGACUUGCAAAGGCUACCGCUGUUUGAUCGAUUGAAAAAUGAACGACCAAACGCCUUAAAUAAAAUUAAAGCAAUACAAGGGGACGUUCUCUUUGAAGAUUUUGGACUGUCUAAUUUGGAGAUUGAAAAUUUAUCCAAAGAAGUGACGGUCGUCUUUCACUUCGCCGCCACGUUGAGACUGGAGGCCCCUUUGAAAGAUAAUGUCAACAUGAAUACUUCUGGUACAUUAAGAACGAUCAAGGUUGCGAAGAAAUUAAAAAACCUUCAAAUUUUUGUGCAUCUUUCAACCGCUUUCUGCUAUCCGGAUUACGAAGUAUUAGGAGAAAAGCUUUACGCACCACCGGCGAAACCAGAGCAUGUAAUGCGUUUGAUAGAAUGGCUCGACGAUCGGCAACUCACACUAUUGACACCAUCCCUUUUAGGACCUCAUCCGAAUUGUUAUACGUUUUCUAAAAGACUAGCAGAAAAUGUAGUGGAACAAGCCUACAAGGAUCUACCAAUCGUGAUAGCUCGCCCAAGCAUAGUCUGUCCAUCAUAUUCGGAGCCGAUGCCAGGUUGGGUUGACAACCUCAAUGGACCAGUCGGAGUUAUGAUUGGAGCUGGCAAAGGAGUAAUACGCACUAUGCUCUGUGAUGGCACCCUAAGCGCUCAAGUAAUACCAGUAGAUAUAGCUAUCAAUGCAAUAAUAGCUAUAGGAAUGAUUGAAGGAACAAAAAAAGAAAAAUCAUUAACAAUCCCAGUUUACAAUGUAAACAUAGGCCACCAAAAACCCAUGACUUGGGGGGAUGUACUCACCGUCGCGAAAGAUUACGGAAGGAAAUAUCCACUCUCUUGGCCGCUGUGGUAUCCAAAUGGAGAUAUAACCACCAACUACACACUUCAUGAAAUUCGCCGUAUAUUCUACCACCUUGUACCCGCCUAUUGUAUAGAUUUCCUUCUCUUCCUAAUGGGACAGAAACGAUUCAUGGUCAGAGUACAAGAUCGAAUCAGUCAGGGUUUACAAGUUUUGCAAUAUUUCACAAUGCGGCCCUGGUCCUUCCCGUGUCCUAACUUUGACAGUAUCCCAUCAAAACUGAACGAAGAAGAGAGAAUUAUCUUUAAAGUAGACGUAUCUGAUGCUGAUCCUGCUGAAUAUAUGAAAAGGAGCGUCGAAGGUGGCAGAGUGUUCUGCUUAAAGGAAGAUGUUACCAAAAUACACCUCAACCGGUCAUAUCACAAUUUCCUCUUUGUAGUGCACUGGGUCUGCAAGAUUCUAUUUUGGCUUCUUAUUUUGUCAUUUGUUGCGGCUUAUUUUGAACCUGUCAGAUAUGUACUAUCACAGGGCGAACCAGUGGUCAAAUAUCUUCCAUUCGUAGCUUCUGCUGUAUUCAAAAACUAAGUGACUAUUCUUCAAGUAUUGGAUCUUUUCAUUUCAAAAGUUAAAAAACAAAAGAAGAGUCAUAGUUAACUGUUCUUGUGAAUUUUUGGUAUAAUGACCAAUAAUUUAACGUAUGUGACAUUUUGUAGUUUUGAGUAUCGAAUUAACAUUUAGUUCAAAAGCUUUGAAAACAAUUCUUAAGAUGGAUCGAUGUAUCAUUAUUAAUUAUAAUUAUGCAAUCUACGAAAUCCGACCGCGUUUAUUGUGUUCAGCUUUGAAUAUACAUACGUAUUUUUUCACAUUAAUAUAUUAUUAUGUGCAUCACUAUAAAA